CGCGCUGCUUGACUCGACUUUUUGUCUUUUCUUCGGUAUAUAACCGUCGCCUCCCUUCUGAAUUUCCCACCCUGUCGCCUUUCUCCUCGUCGUCGCUCGCAUUUGCGACCAUCCCUUUUACUUGACUAUGUUUGAAGAACGCUGCCUAACAUGCGGAAGUCAUCUCCAGGAUGAUGGGAGAGCCUACUGCAGUGAUGAAUGCCAAACACUGGACUCGGCGUCGCCAUCUAUCUCGUCUGCUAGCAGUGCUUACUCGUCGCCUUCAUUGGGAUAUGCCGUUGGAGGCGACGUUCCGGCCCUCAUUCCGUCCAUGCUAGGCACAGCGCUUAGAAACUUCCAACAAGAUCGCUAUUCAGUAUCUUCAUCUUCAGCCUCAUCGACUGCGUGGUCAGUGGUCACUGACGAUGACGACGAAGACCCUAUACUUGGAACAGGAAGUGAGCCCGACAGCGCUGGAGAGUCUAUCUACGAACCCACGUCCAAGUCCUCUACAUCACAUGGCCUCGUGCCCAGACCACUUUCCUAUGCACGACGUCCUUCUGGUACCAACACCCGCUCUACUGUUCCGCGUCUUCACAGCCGCACGUCCUCGUCUGGUUCAUUCUCCAGCCACGUGGGGGGUCUUCGAAGCGCCACUUCUCAACCCCACACGACGCACGACGAGGAUACCCUGACUGACUCCGGCUUCUCGUCCCGACUAGAGGAUUACAUUGAACAGAUGAUUCCUCAGUCGGCGCCAGAACGACAGCCUAACCAGUUCGCUCAUGAGCAGGACCAUUCUACUAUAACUAAGACCAAACGGUCUCGCAAUCGCACCAGUCUCCCAGCAUACUUCUCAUCAUUACUCCAAAUGAACGGCACAGAAAAUACUUUUCCUAUUUGCCAAGCAUCAAAACGGGCCUCGCCCACCAUAUCGAAUUCUUCAGGCCAGACCGUGGUCAGGCCUUCACCUCCUACACCAAAAGUGUCCUUAGGACUUCCCCCUUUCGUCUCUCCUCGCGGCCGUCGUAGGGACCUGGGUACACCCCAGAGUAGUUCCCGGUCAGAUGAUUCUUCCAGUUGCAGCUCUCGCUCAACUAGCGAUUCGCGACAUGACCCCUCCCUUGCACGUUCACCGCCGAGGGAGACGCGUUUUCUUCCUCGACCACGACUGGAUAGCCGUGGUAACAAGGAAUCUGUUUUCGACUGCUCUUCAGUGCCAGACCCGCGGCGUGGUCGGACUGCUGUAAGGAGGAACAGCUCUCCGCCGCCGAAAAUGACGGCACCGAUGUUUGUGUUCGAAAGUCGUGACCACUACAGGGACAACACUGCCAGGCCCCAUACACGGGGACGGGCCAGGAUCGAGGAGUUAGAUGGAGUCGGUGGGUCCGAAGACGCCCCGGGUCUUGGUUAUGGGCGAAGUGGACUUAUCGACCGGGAGCGAGGCCACAGGGUGGGGGGAAGGUUCCGGUCGUAAUGAGGCCUGACCUUGAUAGCAUGCCCUCACUCGUACCUUGCUUCGCUUUGCGCCCAUCGCUGUAUUAUCGUCCCUACUCCUUCUAGUUAAUCUCCAUCUCAAAAGCACCGCA